AUGCCAGGGACACUCUUGCCCCCGAGAUCACACCGGCAGCACGCAGAGAUGGAUCGAUCUUCUGCGUCCAGGCCCGACCUCUACCUGAUUACCGAUCAGGAUGUUAUCUACGAACAAGAUCUGCUACGCGACGCAACCAGUGUUAGGCCAUGGCUUGCGUACAUCGAAUUCAAGCAGCAAAAUGGCACCCUCUAUGAACAGGCAUUCGUUAUGGAGCGUGCCUGCAAGCAGUUGCCGCGCUCAUACAAGCUCUGGAAAAUGUAUCUCGAGUUCCGUACAAAGCACCUAAAUGGUCGCAACCCUACGGUAUACCGCGCCGAAUACCAGAAGGUUAACGCCCUCUUCGAACGAGCUUUGAUUCUCCUCAACAAAAUGCCGCGCAUCUGGGAAAUGUACCUUUCAUUCCUCCUCCAGCAACCCUCAGUGACACAGACUCGACGAACAUUUGAUCGCUCUCUACGCGCUCUGCCAGUCACCCAGCACAACCGAAUUUGGAGGCUUUACAAGGGCUUCGCCCGGUCUGCUUCCGGGCCAACCGCCGUCAAAAUCUUUGCGCGGUACAUGCAAAUUCAUCCCGAGAACAUUGAGGAGUACAUUGAGCUGCUCGUGGAAAUGGGCGAAUACACAGAGGCUGUGAAAAAAUUCAUGGACAUUCUCGACAACUCUCGCUUCCAAUCCAAGAAUGGCAAAAGCCCAUUCCAACUGUGGACCGAGAUGGUUGAUUUGCUUGUUUCGAAGGCCAAGAAGAUCCAGACUGGACCACAAUCCGGAAUCGACGUCGAUGCAAUUCUCCGCAGUGGUAUCCAGCGCUUUGCAGACCAGCGGGGCAAGCUCUGGGCUGGCCUGGCGACUUACUGGAUCACCAAGGGUAACUUCGAGAAGGCGAGGGAUGUGUUCGAGGAGGGAAUCACUACUGUCAUGACUGUCCGUGACUUUACCCUCAUAUUCGACUCCUACGUCGAGUUCGAAGAGUCCAUCAUUGGUAGCCUGAUGGAAGGCGCAGCGGUUCGAUCUGAAAAGGACAAGGUUGACGAGGAAGCCGACUUCGACCUUGAUCUCCGCAUGCUGCGCUUCGAGCAAUUGAUGGAUCGCAGACCAUUCCUCGUCAAUGAUGUUCUCCUGCGACAGAACCCUCAUAAUGUCAUUGAAUGGGAAAAGAGAGUGGCACUUUGGGGAGAUAACAAGCAAGAAGCUGUUCAAACAUACACAGAUGCCAUCUCAGCGAUUAGUCCCAAGAAAGCCCAUGGAAAGUUCUCCGAGCUUUGGAUCAAUUAUGCCAAGCUUUACGAGAACGGUGGUGACUUGGGCACCGCAAGAGUCAUCUUCGACAAGGCUGUCAAAGUUCCAUUCAAAUCUGUGGCGGAACUGGCAGAGACAUGGUGUGAAUGGGCCGAAAUGGAGCUGCGCGCUGAAAACUUCGAAAAGGCAGUCAGCGUCAUGGCCAAGGCAACACAGGCACCUAAGAAAUCAACUGUGGAUUACUUUGACGAGAGUCUCUCCCCACAACAGCGAAUCCACAAGAGCUGGAAGCUAUGGAGUUUCUAUGUCGAUCUUGUUGAGAGCGUCUCGUCCUUGGAUGAAACUAAGGCGGUAUACGAGCGAAUUUUCGAGCUUCGCAUCGCGACACCUCAAACUGUUGUCAAUUACGCCAACCUCCUGGAAGAGAACAAGUAUUUCGAAGAGUCCUUCAAGGUAUACGAGCGAGGACUGGAUCUUUUCACGUAUCCCGUGGCGUUCGAGCUUUGGAAUUUGUACUUGACCAAGGCCGUGGAUCGCAAGAUUGGCAUAGAGCGUCUUAGAGACUUGUUUGAGCAAGCCUUGGAAGAAUGUCCGCCGAAAUUCGCCAAGUCUCUUUACUUGAUGUACGGCAGCUUGGAGGAGGAGCGAGGUCUCGCCAGACACGCGAUGCGGAUAUACGAACGAGCUACUCGGGCUGUGUCCGAUGAGGAUCGAUUCGAAAUGUUCGAAUUCUACAUCACCAAAUCUGCUUCUAACUUCGGUCUUACAUCAACAAGGCCGAUUUACGAACGUGCCAUCGCCGCUUUGCCCGACCAGGAGGCAAAGGAAAUGUGUCUCAAGUUCGCCGAAAUGGAACGUCGACUUGGCGAGAUCGACCGUGCUCGUGCAAUUUACGGUCACGGAUCUCAAUUCUGCGAUCCUCGGACAAGUGCUCACUUCUGGAAGAGGUGGGAUGAAUUCGAAGUCAACCACGGAAACGAGGACACCUUCGGUGUAAUGCUUACUACCAAGAGAAGCACGCAAGCUAAGUUCAAGUAUGUCCUCCCUUUGAGUUUACUAUCUGCAAAUAUUCGGCUGACCGUCAUAAUUAGCACCGAUGUCAACUUUAUUGCGUCCCAGGCCAUUGCCAGGAGCCAACAGGAGCCCCAAGGAGCCGAAGGCGGUGACCAAGAAGGUGCUGAUGCCAUGGCUGAAUUGGAGCGUCAGGCCCGGGCCCCAGUUGGCUUUGUUGCUGCUAGCAGCGGACCCGAGGGAGGCAACCGUCCUCCGGCGAACCCAGAACCAGCUGCCGCAGCCAACCCCGAUGCUAUCGACCUUGAUAUGGAUGAGGAUUAA